AUGAAAUGGCAAGUGGCUGGCGGGAUGGGCAUACCGUUCGCCGCUGCUGUCUUCUGCAUGCUGCCCCUGUUCACAUCGUCCAAUGGAGAUAUACGGCAUCACGGGACCUCCAGAGCACGCGGUUGGCGCGGCAAUGCCAACGCGCCUGCCGACGUGACAGCCAACAACUCAGUCAGCAACGUAACAGCGCAGCUUGGCGGGACAGCUUACCUGCACUGUCUUGUCGGACACUUGAGCGAAAGAGGCCAAGUGUCGUGGAUUAGGAAGCGGGAUUGGCACAUCCUGAGCUCCGGAAAGUUCACUUACACGAACGAUGAAAGAUUUCAGGUCCUGCACGGAGAAGGGUCCGAGGACUGGACACUACAAAUCAAGUUCGUCCAAAAGAGGGACAACGGUACCUACGAAUGUCAGGUAUCGACACGUACGGGCAUGGUGUCGCACUACGUGAGGCUACAGAUUGUGGUGCCGGAAGCGUUCAUCCUUGGCUCCGGCGAGCACCACGUGGACCUCGGAAGCGUCAUACACCUCAUUUGCAUCGUUGAGAAGAGUCCAACACCUCCCCAAUACGUGUUCUGGUAUCACAAUGACCGCAUGAUCAACUACGACGCGACGCGUGGAGGCAUCACCGUGGAAACAGAGCCGGGUGCGAGAACACAGUCUAGACUCACCGUCCGCGGCGCUACACUCAAGGACUCGGGAAACUAUACGUGCAGUGCUAGCAACACUGAGCCAGCGUCUAUACAUGUCUUCGUAUCUGAAGGAAGUAACAAAAUGGCAGCGAUACUCCGACGGAACACGAGUGCAAUCCACGGCAUAACUUCUAGCAUAACCUGCCUCCUGCUCUUAUCUUCCGUGAUUAUACACUUCGCCCUCCGAUGACGUUAGACGAAUUGAAUCUCUAUCACUUAUGGAAUACGGUUUAUUUUAAAACAUUUCAAUACCAUACAUAUAUGUAAGUAGAUUAUUAUCUAGCCCAGAUAAAUGUAUGAAAUAUACAAGAUAACCUGUCUAUAGGACGGCCCUAAUUUUAAAAACGCUUAAAGAAUGAUAACGGGUAAAUAAAGCUUACCCGCUUUUUCAAAAUUGAGUAAAGAGUUUUCUUCCUCUGGCCCAGACAUUUAUCCAUAGCCAUAAAGAGAAUGCCUGUCACGAAAUUGUGUAAUCCAUAUUUUUAUCUCAACCCCCAGUGUAACUUAUCAAGUUAGCAAACUUAACUUUUGAGUCACGUGGAUCUGUCAAAUUAUGACAUUUGUUCCCUGAUUUAAAAUGACAGAUGUACGCUAAAGUCGAUGUGACGUUAGUUAAC